CAACGUCCUCUCCCCAUUUUACAAAGAUUGCAGCAGAACAGAGCUUCCAGAGAGAGAAAAACAGAGUGCGAUACAGAGAGAAGCAGAGGAAAAAAGAAGAAAAGAUGAUGAAGCUGAGGUCAAAGAGGUUCGGCAGGAGCAGCUCCAAGCUCGGCGGCAACAAGGGGUCGCCGCCGGUCGACAGGUCGUGCGGCGGCAACAUGGAAAUCAAGUGGGAGCUCAGGCCCGGGGGCAUGCUCGUCCAGAAGAGAGAGGAGAGCAGCGGGAGCGAGAGCUCCGGCGAGGGCACGGUCACCGUCAGGGUCUCCACCGUCGCCAAGUGGCACGACAUUCCCAUCGAACCCACCUCCACCUUCGGGGAAUUGAAGACGAUACUGGCGCUGGUCACCGGCUUGGAACCGGGGGAGCAGCGGCUGCUGUUCAAAGGGAAGGAGAGAGACAGCGAGCACCUGCACAUGGUUGGCGUCAAGGACAAGGACAAAGUGCUCUUGCUAGAAGAUCCCGCCAUCAAAGAGAGGAAGAAGCUCCAUGGAAAUAGUAUCGCGUCGAGUCAGCAAAUAGGGAACCACCCAUUUCGCACCAUAAGCGUUUGACGAUCUUUAGUCCUGUUUUCCUUUUUCUUUUUAACCCUUUUGAUCAAGUUCAAUCAAGAACAUACUCUGUCUCUCUCUACUAACCCCCAAAAAGAAAAUGGGAGUAGGUUAGAACUUGUAAUGGUUGAUCAACGAUCCCUUUUGUUUGGGUUUGAUUAGUUUGGUUAGGUUUAUGAUGGUGUCAGUUCCAACGAGUAUUAUAAUGGUGUGAGCUGAUGCAUUAUCUGCAUCAUUUGGCUGGGGCUUGUAAUGUCUAUAAGAAAUGGCAAGGAAAAAAAUUACAUCUUGAUUCCAAA